GAAAAAAAAAUUCAGGCGUCAUCCUUGCUUUCCUCUCUCUUCAACAAAAAUUUUUUUUCUCUUCAUUGAACUUGUACAGAUAGCAGACAUGGUGAACACGCACAUUACCCAGUCUGUCAGCAAAUGGACGCCCACGCACACGAAGCUGGCAGAGCUGAUCCUCAACGAGUCAGGCAAAGUGCCUCUGUUCCAGCGGUACCGCGCGCUGUUCAGCCUCAAGGGCAUGGGCGACGACAUGGCCGUCGACAUCGUGUGCCAGUGCCUUGACAUGGAGGACGACUCGGACCUGUUCAAGCACGAGGUGGCCUAUGUGCUUGGACAGAUGGGCAACGCCAACGCGCUGCCGGCGCUGAACGCAGCCAUGGCCAAGGUCAGCAACAACGCUAUGGUCCGCCACGAGGCUGCCGAGUCGCUGGGCGCGAUCUCCAGCCUGGCCUCGAUCCCUGAGCUGGAGAAGUACGUCAACGAUGAGUGCAAGCCGCUGGCGGACACGUGCAUUCUGGCCCUGGACAAGAUCAAGUUCGACCACUCGGAGGAUGCGCAGAAGGCUGACCCCAAGCCAGAUGUUUCCACGAACGUGUUCGCCUCGAUCGAUCCGGCACCGGCCACCACGUCUACAAGGUCCAUCUCCGAGCUGCGUGACAUGCUGUGCGACGAGUCGGCCAGCCUGUGGAAGCGCUACCGCGCCAUGUUCGCGCUGCGCGAGAUUGGCACUGACGAGGCCGUGCUGGCGCUGUGCGAGGGCAUGGAGCUGGACAAGAGCUCGGCGCUGUUCCGCCACGAGAUCGGCUUUAUUUUCGGCGAGAUGCAGCACCCCGCCAGCGUGCCUGCCCUGGCCCGCGUCCUGGGCAAGGUGGACGAGGCCCCCAUGGUCCGCCACGAGGCCGCCGAGGCCCUGGGAUCGAUUGCUACUCCCGAAUGCAACGAGAUCCUGAACAAGUACAUCAACGACCCCGAGCCCGUCGUCCGCGACAGCUGCCUUGUUGCGUUGGACAUGUACGAGCACGAGAACAGCGACGAGUUCCAGUAUGCCAUCAUCCCUGAUGCCGAAAAGUCGGCCGAGCUUGUUAGCGCUUAAAAGCAUCUAUAUUUUU